AUGGCUAUGUCGACGCCGUUGUCUCAGGAGACCUCCAACCCUUCAGAUGCACCAACAGGCAACUACCUGGAGCCAGAGCAUCACGAGUCCAGCUCCUCUUGGCUCCCGGGAGCGCUUCUCGAUGUCGACGCGUUGGAUUUCACCUUGACCUCGGCGAUUUCGGAAUGGGCGCAAUUGCCUCCCAUCCCGUCCAUCCCGAGCUUGACCGACACCGGCGCCUUCCUUACCCCAAGCUCAACGCAGACUGCGGAGUUGCCAGCUGACACCGUUAGGCGGAAAUGGUUUACGCGUCUGACUGUCCCAGAGGACAUGCCUGCCCCCCAGAACAGUUCCGGCAGUCGGGGCGGGGAAGUUGGUCAAGGGAACCUCGCGGCUGACGAAAACUAUCGAACAGGCCUGUCACAGAGGCUCCAACCUCGCAUGCACGAUGAGGCACUGCCAUCAGCGGAGCAACUCAAUCUCUUCGCCAAUCAGUUCUUCACUCGCUUUCACCCCCUUCUACCGAUCGUCCAUGUGCCCUCAUUCAAGCCCACCACCGAGAACUCGUUACUCUUCAUCUCUAUCUGUUCAGUUGGAAGCCUAUUUGUCGGGUCGUCGCACGCGGUCGCACAAGGGACUCGACUCUUUGAGAGGCUGAACAAAGCGAUUCUGGCGUCCUGGGAGUCGGUCCUGGCCCGCAGCUGCUCCGACGCGUUGUCCAUGGUCCAAGCAGCCAUUAUCGGCCAGACAUUUGCCAUUCUCUCCGGCCGUCCCAAGGACCUUAUUCUGGCGGGUGUUCUGCACGGCACGGUCAUGGCCUGGGCGCGUGAGGCCGACAGGAAUGCGCUGCCACUGCCCUCCGCCCCGCGCGAUCUCGAUUCCGAGGAAGCGUCCCUGGACGAUCAGUGGAGUCGGUGGAUCGAUCGCGAGCAGCGAUUGAGGGUCAAAAUCGCCCUGAAUAUUCAUGACGCGGAGCUCGCGAGCCUAUUGCAUCAUGAGCCUAUCUGCAAGCACCGGCUCUCGCAGUACCCUCAUUUGGCUUCGGAUGCGUUGUUCACGGCGCCUACAGCGGUGAGAUGGGCCAGAGUUUACCAACUCACUACGACUCCACCGAGUCCUCGAUUGUCAAACACGUACCUCGACAAUAUCCUCCCAAGUGAUGCAGCAGAUUCUAGAUUUGCAGCCUACGGACUACUUGAGAGUAUCAGUGCUCACGUCAGUGAGGCUCGACGGUCGAAUACACUUGAUAAUCAGGAAGUGGGGAGAUUGUCCAACAUGCUCAUGUGGUGGUGGAGGCGAAACAGCACUCAGUCCACUCUUCACGGCGAGGACAAUGACCCCUUUGCGUUGCAGAUCUUGUGGCACUCCACCUACAUAGCCAUCUACGCCGAUCUCGACCUGUUGGAACAAGCCAGCGGCCGGGAUGGGGAGUCUGCUGUGCAAGCUAGCUACCCUCUUGUGCGUUCCUGGUCGAGCUCACUCGCCGCCAGUAAAUGCUUGAUUCAUGCAUUCCUGCUGCAGCGCUACGUGGAGAAAAUGCGGGUCGCCGCUGAGCCGGCCAUCCACAUCCCUCGAGGGCUGUUUCACGCCGCUUUGUGUUGGUUCGCCUUUACUCGAAUUGGAGGCCAACAAGGAGUCGACGUCAAGGCGUUCGAGGCCCCGGAAGUCCAGCUGUCAGAUAGCCAUGCGGCGCCGCCUGGAUCACUCGGGAAGGUCGGCAGGGACUGGAUCUUGGCAGACGCCAAUCAGGUGCACCGUUUGAUUGAUAUGUUGAGUCGAGUCGGACGAUGGGGCAUUUCAUCUUCGUUCGCAUCGGUAUUGUGUGCCGCAAUCGAGGGUUACCAUGGUGCAUAG